CGGAAUAGGAAUGGUUAUAUUUUAAUACUUGUUUUAUUGGCAUCAGCGUCUUUUAGUAUAACCGUUGUUCUAUCAGUUGGCGCGUCGCUCAAUGAACUCAUUUAAUAAAGCACCGAUCAUGAGUCAAGACAAACAGUUGAACCCAUACAGACAACUACAGAAAUCGGCAACGCUAGGUUAUACCAUGAGCUAUAAGAGACAUGGAUUUCGACUAACCAGUUAGCAAUUGCUUACAAAUAAAGUCGUCUACUUACAAAUAGAGUCGUCCAUUUACCUCUGUGAUCGAACUCUAGUACGUGUACAACACUCAUGUCACUACUCUCAACCCUCUUCUCCGCAGAGGUUCGGGCGUUCGUAAAAGAGAUUUCGUGCCGAGGGCCUUCUCGACUUUUCUAAGUGGCGGGCGGGAGAAUACCCUAGCCAAGACUGAACUAACACCCUUGCUGAUUGGUCCAUUCAUACGAACAGGCUGAUUGGUUCAAAUAAUCCUAAAGAAAUACGGUGGACGUGGCGAGUUUUUAUACGAAAAAAUGUAUGAAUAGUUAGCUUUUCAUGUCGUAUUUUAGGCUUCCAUGGAAUAUUCAUCGCUUAGUGGUUUACUAGGUACUGAAACAUUCUGAAAAAGAAGUUGUGUUUGCCACUGUUGUACUGUAAUGCCCUCAAUUAAUUAUGAUGAAUGGUCUUGAAGUGUCGCUUCCAGUCGUUAUCUGCUCGGUUCUGCAAAGAAAGGUUGAAUUUGAUUUAAAUAGUUUGACUUUGGCGGGAGUCAUGCAAAUGGCAUAAGAUUCGCUCGCUUAACAUGUAGCGUUACGUUCAUUUAUGCUGUUUCGCCGAAUUCCCAAAUCGUCAGGUAAAUGUCGACUUUCAUCGUGUCUCGUAUUUCCAAUGUUAUUUCCAAUGUUGCAAUUAGUCGCUCCGCUGUUUAUGUAACAUGUUUGUGCAUUUUUAUCUUAGAAGCCACUGGCAAUGAGUCGACAAGAAAUAAACCCCUGUACGUCCUAAAAUUGUUGCUGCUGCAUUAGUUACAGUCAGUAAAACAUACAGUAGCUCAUUUCCCUAGCAAAUAGGGUCUUAGUCCAUUAAAACCUCAUUAGGCCUCUUCUCUGCCAAGACUGGGAACUUUAUCGUAUAUUUGGCCUGUCGGCGAUUCAAGAAGUCGAAAGUGGGAAUCAACCCAAGUCAUUUUAGGUCUUACAACUGGAUUUAGAAAAAUGAGUUCUUAGUCUUUCUCGCCUAAAAAUAGCUAAAAAUCACUGACCGCAAUCCAUCAAACAUAACAGAGAUAUUGCAUAAAAUAAAAAUAUUUCCUAACCAUUACCAUAAUUGAUCACUACCAUGUUCAGCCGUUCUGAAGCUUUCUACUGAAUAAAAACUAAAAUAUGAAUUUAAGAUUUUUUGUCUUACCUCAGCACCAGAACAAAAGCCGAUUUUAAAGUUGUCAGCUACUGUUCUGGUGCUGAGGUAAGAGGAAAAAUCUUAAAUUAAGAUUUUAUUUUUUACGGAGUAAGGGCCUUCAUAGACUAGACAUUUAGUUGUCGACAACUAUUUGCUAUCGACAACUAAAUGCACACAUCUAAGCAUGUCUAUUGCAUUUUGAGCAUGCGCAGUGGACGUUAUUUCUCAAGCUCUCGCUGGCCUGACUUAUUUAUCGACAACUAACACUGUGCGGAAUGCUCGCAUCGGACACAAUUAGUAGCCGACAACAUUUAGAUCUCGAUAACAAAUAUUUGUCUACAGUCUGUGAAGGCCCUAAAUGACAUUGCCAAAACGACAAUAACAACAGCAACGAGACAGAAAAUGUGGGAAAACGAAGUAGAAGUUAAAAGACUUAAAAUAUACCCCCUGUCCAAAAAAUAGGCACCCAAAGGGUACAUGUGUGGGAUACUCCUUUGCAUUAACUGACACGAGCCGAUGACAAUAUAUAGUGCGGGACACCACAGGUAUCUCACACAAAAAGGUAAUUAUGUCUGUUUUCGUUUUUAACUUGGAAAAUCCAUGUUGUAGGUAUGGAUGUGAGAUUCACACCAUCCUUCCUUCCUCCCUUCCUUCCGUCGAUUCCUGUCAGUCUUUUUGUGAUCGAAUCCGCUGACCAAUGCAUUAAGCUUUCGCAGUCGUAGCGAAGUUCAAACUAUGCUCGAUCUGCAAUCUGAAGGCAGGCUGAAACGACUUCCUUACGGAGUGAUUAAUUUUAAUUUUUAUCAGCAAGUUUUUCACAUUGUUCUUUUUGACACAAGUACUCAAUAUUUUACUGCCACAAUGAUCUAAAUUGAAUAGAUUUUCGUACGAACAUCUCUGUGUAUAGAAGCUAAUUAGACAAAUAGCUCAUUUCCCGAAGGUGUCCGCUUAAUACAGGUUUAACCAUACUCGAUUGCUAAAAAAGAAGAUAUUAAAAAUCACACAAUUGUUGAACUGUAGGAAUUUUCGAAUGAUUCAAGCCGUGACUGAAAUUUUUAGACGAUCAACAGACUAGAAAAUUGAGGAGAAUUUGAACGACGCGUUUCGCUAUUAUUUGUACGGUAUUGUAAAUAAAUACAAAUAAAUACGGACAUGGAGAAAUGAUAUGAACAAACAGUUGAUAAAUAGGAGAAAAGACAUUACACAAGGCAGGGAGUUCUGCAGUCACCGAUAUCGCUUUGAAAAGGGAAGAAAAAAAAAAAAAGAAAAGAAAAAAGAAGUUAUUACAAAAGAGGGUAUUUCUAUUUGGUCACCCAGCCAAAUAGGAACCACGCCGAACAGGGCUUAACUUUUUGAUCGGACGAGACUCGGUGUUGCCCUUGUGGUAUAAUGAAUCCACGUUGAAAACAGUGUUUUGAUUUCUAAGAUCCAUUAAAAGGUAACAAAUUAAGAAAAAAGAAAAGAAAAUGAGAAUUAUUACUUGCUUUGGUGAUCGGAAUAACUUCAUGAAUGUUUUCAGCGGUGUCACAUCUCGUGUAUUCUGUUACCGUUGCAUUUCUUAACAAUGCUUCAAGUGUCUCUACGGCCAACAGGGUUUUUGUGGUUUUGGUAUCUCUAUAACAUUUAAAAAUGUAUUCAAACCAAACAAAAAUCAAUUCCGGUGCUUUUUUGCCAAGAAAUCAAGCUUUAAAUUUCCCGCUUCGACCACGCCCAAUGAAGUUGACCGCGUAAUGAAAGAUUGGUGACAAAUGAUGUAACUUCAAGAACACCUCAAAGCUUCAUGUUUUUAUUUUGCUUGAUCGACGACCGCAUUGUUCCACCAACUUCGCUUUGUUUGCUUUUUGUCGACGAAAACUCCUAACCACUACUGAAACAACAGUGACCUGAACUAGCAGGAUGUGGCAAUUCCUGACUUGACGUCACGACCCAUUCAGAAACCGAGACUUUUUUUGCACUGAUUCACGGACAACUUCAUUGGGCGUGGCUGAAGCGGGAACUUUAAAGUUAGAUCUUUGGGCGUUAAAAUGUCGGAAUCCAAUAUUUUUUCUUAGAAUAUCGUUUUACACAUUAUAGAGAUACCAAAACAGCAAAAAACCCUGUUGGCCGUAUAGACACUUUAACCUACGGAUUAAAACAUCAGUUCAGUAGCAUCAAAUUUCCACUGUUUACAUAUGAUCCAUUUUCCAAGUUGAGUGGCUCAAAGCCACUUUGAUCUUAUCUUUUCAACAUCGACAAGUGCAUCUGGAGGCGGGCCAGACCGUCUCUUUUACAAAACGACAAGGGUAUUAGCAGUCGGAUCUCUUUCGAUGUUUCCAGCAUUCCUCAUGGAGUCAGACAAAACCGAACAAAAGACAAGUGGCCGCCUUUCGGAGAUUCUUCGUUGCGUUUUGUAUGCGGUUGUGGUUGUGUUUCUUGUGUUAUGUAACAUCGUCUUAUUUUUGGAACAACAACACACGAAGCAAAGAUUGACUGCGCUCGAGGACAAAAUGAUAACCAAGGAGACGUUGAAGAAGUUCUUUCCUGCAAGUCAAUCAAACAGCGCGGACAAACAUGAACGGCCUGAUGGUAAAGCUUUGCUUAUCAGGGAGAAGAGAGCUCUGGUCUUGAGUCUUGAAACCCUCGAGAAACGACUGAAAGUUCUAGAAUUGAGGGCUCUCCGUGAAAACAAAUCAUUUCCUAGAGAAGAAUCGAGAGGGAGAGAAUCAUAUAAAGGACGGGACGGGCGGGACGGCAGAGAUGGUCCCACGGGUCCCCCGGGAUCACCAGGGCUUCCAGGACAUCCAGGAACAACAGGGAUACCAGGAACACCAGGAACACCAGGUCGUGACGGCCGUGACGGCAGAAAAGGCUCUGCUGGAGCCCGAGGCCUGCCGGGACCAAAAGGAGACAUUGGUCCAAGUGGAAAAGCCGGUAUUGAAGGACCUUCUGGACCAAAGGGACAAAAGGGACAAGAGGGGAAGGGGCUGAGUGGCGUCAAGUACGUGCGGUGGGGCCGGACAAGCUGCGGUGGAGAUGCACAGGUUGUAUACACAGGGUUCAUAGCAGGCGGCCGUCACGACCACAUAGGAGGAGGAAGUAACCACCUCUGUUUGCCAAACCAACCCAAAUAUGGAAAAUACACUGACAGUUUUGAAAGAACUGGAGGCAUAUAUGGCGCCGAGUAUGAAGUGAGCUCCUUCAAUCCUUUUAAACGAAAUGUCCAUAACCAUGAUGCUCCCUGUGUCGUGUGUUAUGUCAGGUCACGUGGCACUCAGCUGAUGAUACCCGCAAGGGAUGACUGUCCUAAUGGUUGGACCGAAGAGUAUCAUGGGUACCUUAUGACUGAACACUGGGAUCACCAAAACACUCGAAAUUUUAUCUGUGUUGACUGGGAUGUCGAGUCGGUUCCGGGAAGUCAGUCCAACCAUAAUGGUGCAUUAUUGUACCUGGUUCAGGCAAAUUGUGGAUAUUUCUCAAAAUGUCCACCUUAUUACGAGGGCCGAGAGCUCACAUGCGCAGUGUGCACAAAAUAAGUUUGCGCUUAAAUAUAGACAUAGACAAUUUAUUUUACUUGGACAACACACCUAGCUAUGGUAACGGAGGACGGAGCAGCUAGUUUACAGGUGCGCCAAGAGAACAAAAUAACAACUGAAGUAAAAAUGUAUGUACAAAUACUAAAUAUAAAAUGCUAGUAUUGUUUAGGUCUAUUAUUUUGUGAUAUGUAUUUCGUUAUUACGAUAAAAAUGCCAGUUUAGAAUAGAAUAAAUUUGACUUCCUAUUGAAGUUUUGACGUCACAGCAUAUAUUGAACCACGAUAUGAUGGCUUCGUGUAAAUUAUAAUGAUUGCAAUUGGGUGCGAGCCAUAUCUGCUCGACUUGGUUAAGAAAUGUUUAAAUAAGGGAGUAAAGCUUGUUUGCAUUUGACUGCUUUAGAAAAAGUUGAGCGAUCUUCACGACUUUAUUCGUAACCAGUUUACAUAUGCUGAUCUCCACGAUCACUUCGGCUCAUUCUCAUCGUCCCAGCUGGGACAUAAGGUCAUUACAGAUCACUACAGAAUGAAAACUAAAAUGUCGAGGAUGACCUGGAUCAAACAUCAAUGUAGACUGGUACUAUCAUUGCAUCGAUCGCUUCUAUUCUCGCUCUCAAGGCCGCUCGUUCCUCUUCAGUUGCCGGGAGGGCCACUUAAGAUGGGCCUGUAGACGCAUGAUCUCAUUGGCUCGAUUUUUGGACUUCCAUUUUUACUAAUUCGACGUGGAUUUGCAUGCUUCCCGGAGAUGUCCACUGGUUGAUCUCUAAUUCUAAAAUCGUACUAUACCUUCAUCAGGAAGUUUGAAACUGGCUUAGGGAAAGAAUUCAGUGAAGACCUUAACAGUGAAACACAUUGUUAUAAUCUGGUGAGGUCUGCAGAUGCUCCAUCGAACUGUAUAUUAUAUUACUGCAUAUCUGACCUGUCUAGCCUUGAAAUGGGAAUGCAUCCUUGAUAUAUUUUCCAUAUUUGAAAUUCUUACCCGACUUAUUACCACAAUCGAUCACACACUGAGAACUAAAUAACAACGGACUGCAGAAUCUUUGGGAAAUAAAAGUUAGAAUAUCACUUCCUACUAGCGGUUUUUCUUUUGUUAUCAUUUUGUUAUCUUCGCAUACAAUCUGGAAAUAGGUCAGACUAUCUCCUUUAGAUGUUAUACAAAACGGCGUGGGCAUUGUUAAUCGUCCUAAGUUGAGGCGAAGUAAGGUCUACAUGCAUCACUGUCACCAGUUCAAUCUCUGUCGGGGUUUAAUUUCCAGUGUUCCUCUUGAAGACUCACUGAGGCAAAAACAAACACAAGAAUAAAGGUCCCUUGUCGGAGAAACCCGUUAUAACCGAUUCACUUUGUAGAUUAAGACAUUAUCUUCCAGUACAUCUGACUGUAAUCAGAUACAAUAUUAUCCCGCUUUAUAUCAGAGGUCUAGGCAGACCUCAUUUUGAAAUCGGUUACUCAGUGUAACUAAAGGAUAGAGCUUCCUGAAAGGUCAGAUUUCUUCUCGGUCGAAGUUUUACCGGCACAUCAUGGAUCAAGAUAAAAAGGAACA